GGUUUGCCCCCACCUUCACAGGAGGGCCGGUGGGACAUGAAGGGCUGCCGGCCCUGCGCGGGGCAGGCCGGACGAGGCUGGUCCUCCAACAAAGGUGUGGCCAGAUGUUCCUAACCGGAUAGACAGAAUACAGUCUGUGACAUCAGAGCAACACCCACCAUACUGUCUUAUGCACCUGCUCGUUUCAGAGGGUGACACUCCAGAGAUUACUCUGAGCCAGUGCCAAGAGCCAGCAUUUCUCACUCCCCUCUCACCCGCCUCUGCCCCCUGCACUGCUCUAGACACACACCCUGAUAUAGAAUGACAGCACAUUGCCACAAUUUAAAUGACGCUGCCUCUGCCUCUUCAGAAGGACAGGUCCUCCAGAGAGCACAAGCCACAGCAGCUGUCCACCCUUGCAAAGAACCUCUUCAUCAUGGCAUAUAAAGCAGCACAUUUGGCCUUUAAGUCGCGCUGGCACAAGACAGACGAAGAACUCUGUCGGCACAGUAUGUCCUUCAUCUUGCAUAAGGCGAUCCGAAACGACUUCUUUCAGAGUUACCUUUAUCUGCUGGAAAAGCUCCCCCUGGUGAAACUUUACGCUUUGACAAGUCAAGUUAUCAAUGGGGAGAUGCAGUUCUACGCCAGGGCCAAACACUUCUACCAGGAGGUGCCAGCCACAGAAGAGGGCAUGAUGGGAGACUACAUUGAGCUCUCCAAUACAGACAUUGAAUCCUCCAGGGAGUUUCUCAGGAGGUUUGUUGGGGGGGUGGGGAAAGCUGGCACCAACCGCGCCCUGGACUGCGGCUCUGGGAUAGGUCGUAUCAGCAAGCAUGUCCUGUUACCAGUUUUCAAGAGCGUGGAACUGGUGGAUAUGAUGGAGAAUUUCCUGGCUGAGGUUCCAAACUACCUGCAGGGCAAGGAGGACAGAGUAGAGAUGUAUUAUUGCAAAAGCCUCCAGGAAUUCACUCCAGCCCAACAAAGAUAUGAUGUCAUCUGGAUUCAGUGGGUUUCAGGAUAUCUGACAGAUAAAGAUCUCCUGGAGUUUCUCAUCCGGUGCCAGAAUGGCCUGAAGGAUAAUGGUGUUAUCAUUCUCAAGGACAAUGUAGCCAGGGAGGGCUGUAUCCUGGAUUGUCUGGAUAGUAGUGUGAUCCGAGACCUGAACAUCCUCCACAGCCUCAUUGAAAUGAGUGGACUCACCAUCCUACGAGAGGAGAAGCAGGAGGGAUUCCCUGAGCAGUGUGUCCCUGUCUGGAUGUUGGCCAUGCAGAAAGGCCCUGGCCAUUCCUGAUUGCAUAGUGAGACUGCAGAGACUGGACUAUGGAUGAACCACAGGACUGGGAAGGAGAAAAGCAUCUACUAGAAUCCUCCUUACCAUGCACUGCUACUACUAUAACUCUAGGGCAGCAACUCCUAAAGGAUCAGGAGAGAAUUACAAUUGAGCCAGCUUCAGGGAAUAGUCUGCUUCUAAAUCCUGCCUGCUUCAUCAUUCUGUCCAUUUUUAAAAGACUUUCUAACAGCUCCUUGUCAGAUCUCUCUUUGAUUAAGGAGUUAAUACUGGACAAAACUCAAAUAAUAGAAAAUAAUUGGGUCUGAAGUUUCUGUAGUGGCUAAUUCAUUUUGGAGUGUUCUGUAUGAGGUGUUAACAAAUCACCCUGGUUUUUGCCAUAGCACUUAAAUCUUCUUGGAAUUUAAGAAGGAUCUGUCAGAUCACCAAAGCAGGAAAUUCAAGUAACUUCUGGAAAAUCUAACCCAAAUUUUGACCGUCAUCACUAUCUGUACUUUAAAAUAUUUAAGCAAAAAAUGUAAGGAAAAUUUUGUCCAUUUGUUGGCAUCAGCUAUGCAGUUUCUUUUUUUUUUUUUUUUUUUUUUUCCAUUUCUGUCAGUUUGGACAAUAAGACAACCUGGUUAAUUUUCUAUUUUUAGGAACUAUUUUAUCUUCCUGAUGUUUCUGCCAUAGAACAAUAGUGGUGUGUAAAGGUUUUCGCACUCCAGAGGAAAACUUAAAUGAUAAAUACAUGCAUGUUUGCAUUGAAAUUUUGUGAAAAGAUUGCCCCACAAAUUACAUUCUGGAAAAUAUUUUUUCAAAAUGUUCACAGUGGAAACCACUUGAAAGCUUCUCUUUAUUAUUCAUACCACUGUAAAUUUCUUUCUUUCCCACAUUCAGAACGAGUCUGGCACCAUAUGCAGAGCUAAUGGGAUUUCAUGGGGUGUUAAUAGUAAGACUGUAAGAAGAACUAAUACAGUAUUGUAUUAAUUAACAACUGUACUAAACUGCAGAGGGUGUUAGUGUAACCCAAAAGCAUCUAUGAUUUAUAUUCAAACAGCAGCUGUAUAAGCCUGGAUUUGAAAAUACUAACACACAUACCAUCUCCUUAAGGCUCACAGAAAUUACAAAUUAAGCUUCUUGUCCUCUUCAUAUAGGUGCAGAAAGUACUGUGGGAGGACAGAAGUUCAUUUUGCAAAAAAAUUCAGAAUUUGAAAUUCUGCUUCAUUCUGAAUGAGGACAAGAAGGGAGAAUUUUGAAAUUCUUUAGGAAGGAAAACCACACAACCACAGACUUUUCCAAGUUGAUUAAAAUUUUUCAUUCAGACAAAAUCAAAUGUUUCUUUUGCUUUGGACUUUUAAAAUAAUUUGCACUUAAAAUAUUAUUAAGUGCAGUAAAAAGCAAAUUAAAUAUGGCUUAUUCAAAAUUUUAGAAAUUAAUGAUGACAUUAGAAUGGACUGUUCUGACUCUGUCAGAAUUUUUAUCAUGUUUUAUUCCCCUGAAAUGCAAUUCUGGCAAAAUUUAGCAAACUUUUUAAAGAGUUGCAUUGUGACAAACCUCCAUGUUCUGAUAGAAAGGGGUUCUAUAAAACAUCCUCCACAUGACUGUAGGCACAAUUGUCUGUGUCAAAUAUUGUCAUCUGUGUUAGAUUAACUCACAUAGAAGCCUGAAGAUAACUAGAUCAGGGUACGUCUCAGCUGGAUUUUAGUAUGCUUUGCCAUCCUUUGAUAACAAAUCUCCAGUUUUGGUUUUAAUUGCACAACUCAUCUUCUCUAGCAAUAUGGUUGCAUAUGUUGAGAAUUUCCAGUUUAUGGUAGAGGGCUUCCUGCCAUCAGAUCUUAUCCAGUAAUUGUUCUCUUAAUGUGCCAUCGCUAAUUGUAGCAUUAAGGAAAACAACCCUGGUGAUUUGGUGAAUAUUCUGGCAUUUCAUAUAGCUUAGAAACCUAUGGUUCCCAUGACACAGAUGCUUCUGGAAUGUUUUGGCUAAUUCUUCCAUUCUAAUCAACUGGUAAUGAAUGUAAAUUUAGUAUAUAACAUUGUUAAAAACCCUAGGUGAACACUUACAUUCUGGAAUUGUCCCCAGAACUAAGCGCUUCAAAUUCCCUUUAAGCCACUACAAUGCUUUCAUUCUGCCAAGGCUGCUAAAACUUGCCGUGGUCUUUGUGUGCAUAUGAGAAUGUGUAGAUAUCUGAAGAAAACCCAGUCAUUUGUUUUACAGGAAAGAGGCAUCAGUCCUAUAGUUAGUAACACUGGUUAGGAAUAACAGGAGAAUAUUUAAAAGACCUUUACAUGGAUUACAAAUUAAUUUGCCCUUCACCAUUUUUUCUUCCAGUCAGAGACAUCUGCCAUGGUGCAGAAUACUUGGGGACUGCUGGAGAUCCUAAUACAAUCGUGUCUGUGCCAGGCAUAUCUGAGUGGUGUUGGUCUCUACAAUGGUGAGAGAAUGGCAUUGUGGAAAUAGGGAAGUAAACAACUUUAUACAAAUAAACAAUUUCAUAGAAAUCUAAACAGCUGCCACAUCUCACAGGGCAGAAUAUAUCAGCUGUUCACUUACACACCAGAGUGGGUGCUGUUCAGUAAUGAGAGACGUGGUUUCAAGAUGGAUAUAGAAUGUAAAGUGGUUUAGGAUGAAAGGUAGAAUAUAAAUGACUGGUAUUGUUAUCAGUGAAAUACAUUUUUCAAGGUAAAAAUGUUCUUCCCGUAUUUUGUACAUCUUUCCUAUUUGAAUUUCCAGAGUACAUAUACGUAAACAUAUAAUGAAAAUUGGUUCCCUUAACUAUGUGAGAACAGAGACAAGUAAAAUCUUAAUUUAGUAGAAAACCCCAUAUUUCAUGGUUCCCACAUUCCUGGAAAUUAAUGUUUCAUGGCUGUGUUGCUUCCACAGUAAAAUACUAAAGCUUUUCUGGUGACAUAAUGAA